AUGUCCUCACCCUCUCUUCUAGCGCGAUUGCGCUCCCGACCAACCCGUCAAACCCUGCGCGCCCGACCCAUCACCCUCUCAAGCCGUCUCUCCUCUUCCAAUUCUUCCUCCGCCUCAGCAAUUACAACCCAAUUCCUCACCCAUUUCCAAUCCCUCGGUCCACAAACUCGCACCCAACUCCUAGACGCAAACCAGCUCCAAUUGCUCUCCCUCACCCUCAACCGUCCCACCCUCUGGCCCAACAACACCAACUCCCCAUCCUUAUCUAACUCCGCACCCGCCCCUCCAUCCGGCACGCCACUACCACCCGGCUAUCACCUCGCCUACUUCACGCCGGCCUUCUUGGGAUCCGAGCUUGGAGCUGACGGCACAGAUGCAUCGUAUAAUCCGGAACCGCCCUUCACGCGCCGCAUGUGGGCUGGCGGAGAGGUACUCUGGCCGCGCGGGAAAGAUGGGAAGCCGAAUCUGCUGCGGGUGGGACAGACGGUGCGCGAAACGACCCGUGUGCUGAGUGCCGAGCCUAAGGUUGUCAAGAAGACGGGCGAGGAUAUGAUUGUUGUCGGGGUGGAGAAAGAGUUUGCGAAUGAGGAUGGGGCGGCGGUGAUUGAUCGGAGAAACUGGGUGUUUCGCAAAGCCCUCCCCACCCCUUCAUCCUCCUCAACUUCUUCGUCUCCCGUCGCUACGUCUGCGGCACACACGGCGCCACUGAACCCGCCCUCGUCCGCUAUUGUCUCCCAGGGCUCCACCCACACGCGAACGCUGGUCCAGACGCCCGUCACGCUGUUCCGCUUCUCGGCGCUGACCUUCAACCCGCACAAGAUCCACUACUCGCUGCCGUGGGCGCGGGAUGUCGAGGGGCACCGGGAUAUUGUUGUUCACGGACCCUUGAAUCUCAUCUCCAUCCUGGAUUUGUGGCGAGAUAUUCGUUCGCAUGAGGAGGUGCCUGAGCGCAUUUCCUAUCGGGCGACGAGUCCAUUGUAUGCGGGGGAUGAGUAUCGGAUUGUGUUGGAGGAGGGAGAUGGUGCGGCCCAGGUACAGAUUCUGGGACCGGAUGGGAUGGCGAUGAAGGCAGAAAUUCAGGGGUAG